UAGGGGGUCCUGGGGGAAUAGGAUCAAGGGGGAAGGGAGGUUAUGGAAGUGGCUUAAGAGAUGCUGAGGGAAUAUGGUCAGAUAUUGAGAGAAGUGAUGGAGGUGGUGGAAGGUGUCUUGAGGGAAUGGGGCCAGGGGGUAAAGGAGGUUAUAUAGGUGACUUAGAGGAUCCUAGGGAGAUGGGAUCUGGUUUGGGAGCAGGAUAUAAGAAUGGCUUAGGAGUUUCUCAGGGAAUGGUGUUUGGAAAGGGUGAUAGUUUGAGGAAUAAUUCAAGGAGCUUAGGUAUAACAGGACCAGAGGAUGAAAUAGGACAUGGGGAUAGAUCUAGAGAGCAAGGGACAAUAGGAUCUUGGGGAAAGAGUGGUUUGGGAAAUGGGAGAGGAAGCCCAGGGAGAGUGGGUUCUAUUGAUGGAUUUGGUCCUGGAGUCCUUGGGACAACUGGGUCUAAAGGGGUAGGAUAUGUUGAAGAUAGGGCAGGGGGCUCAGGAGGAAUGAAGUCUUGGGAUGAAGAUGGUUAUGGUGAAGGAUUUGGAGACUCAGAGGCUUUGAAAGCUGGUAGGAAAGCAAGUUAUGGGCAUAGCUCUGACAGUCUAGAAGCAACAGAGCUUGGUUCAGGAGCAGAGUCUAGGGGACCUCAAUGGGACUAAAGCCACAGAGGCCUGGGGGCAGUGGGAAUUGUGGGGAUGGGUUUAGAGGCCCUCAUGCUCUGGAUUCUGGGGUGGGAGCUAGUCACUGGGAUGAUUCCAGGAGCUCCAAAGUAAUGUCAUCUGAAGAUGGCACUGGUCCUGAGAACUUAGGAGUCUGUGGGUUGGGACAGGGGGCAAGUUAUGGGGAUAGGUCAGGAAUUUCAGGACAUCCCAGGGCUAGAGGCAAAGAAGGGCAUGAUGAGGGGUCAAGAGGUUUCAUGGCUCAGGGGUCAAAUUAUGAAGAAGGUUACAGAGAAGGCAUAGGAGGUCCUGGGAAAAUGGGGUUGGAAGGUGAGGCAGAUAAUAGAGGUGGUUUAAAGGGUCCUGGAGGAAAGGAGUCAAGUGGUGAAUCAGGUGAUAAGGGUAUUUUAGGGGGUUCUUGGGGAAGGGAAACAGAAGCUCAAGGAGGUUAUAGAGAUGACUUAGGUGAUCAUGGGAGAAUGGGGUUAUCAGGAAAGGAAAGUCAUAGAAAUGACUUUAAAGGUUCCAGGAGAAUAGGGUCUGGUGCUGAGGGGAAUUAUGGUGGUGACCCAGGGAGUUCUAGAGCAUUGGAGUCAUUGGAGAGACUAGGAUAUGAGGACAAGUCCAGAGUCAAAGGGGAAAUAGAGCCUGUCAGGGCAGGGGUCCAGGGCAGUCUGGGGUUGGAGCAGGUUAUGUGGGUGACUCAAUGGUAGGUAAAGCAAUGGGAUGCAUGAAGGGGGGAGAUUAUGUUUAUGGGAAUGGCUCUGGGGUUCCUGGAGGAAUAGGGUCUGGGAUUGAGACAGCAUAUAGGUCUAGGGUCUCUGGGGUGAUGGAGUCAUGGGAUGGGAGGGAUUUCCUUCCUGGUCAUCCAGGUUCCAGGGAUGGCUCUGGAGGCCCAGGGAAUCAGGAGACCUACGUUAUGUAGGAGGGAGAUCAGGAACUGGAGGGCGUCAGGGUAGUCAGGGGUUCCAAGGGUAUACAGGAAACAGAGAAUUCCUUGGCGGAGAGGGAUUGCCUGCAGAUAGAGCUGCUGCUCUAACUACUGAACUUGGGAAAGAUGCCAGCCUGGACACUAGAGAAAAUUCAAGAGCAGAGCAUGGGGACAGAGCUGAUGUCCAUGGAGGAUUGGAAUAUCAGGAAAAUGGGACAUCACUGGGUGGCCCAGGGACAGGAAAAGGAUCAGGGAACUCAAAUAUUUCAGGUUGGGGUCAGGAUACACACUCCAGGCAGGGAGAAGAGAACAUUUGUAUUAGAACAGGAAGCCGGGGCAUAGGGGACACUCAGUCAGGUGGCAAGAAGAGCCGGGGGCCAGGCAAUAGUGGAGUAAGUGCCAAGAACAGAUACCAAGGUUCAGGGGAACAGGGUACCCUGAAAGCAAAAGAUACCACCAUUAAUGGGAGCCAGGAUACUCUGAAUGGAACAGGGGGUGAUGAUUCCUGGGGUGUCAGGAAGCUUGUGCCAGGCCAAGCAGGAGUUGGUAGAUGGGGUGAAGCAGAAUCCCUGGAUGACAGAGGGGAAGCCUCUGGAGGUUCAAAGGACUCAGAUGUGCUGGUGAGAAUGAAUUCUAGUCAAUGGAGAGAUAGUUUUGCUAAUGGAGUUCAGCAGUCAGGGACAGAGGGAGCUCUGAAAGCCCAAGAUGGAAGGAAAAGCUAUGGGGAUAGGUCAGGGGGAAGCAGGGACCCAGGGUCUGUGUUGGGCAUAGGGGUAGGGUUGGAUGGCAAAGGUCCAUCAGGAGCCAGAGGAGAUAUGAAGUCUCUGGAUGUAAAAAAUAUUAGUCCAGAAGGUACAGGGUCCCUGGAGAAUUAUGAGAGGAGGGAGGCGGAAGGGACCUCUACAUCUACCUGGGGAGGAAAGACUAGAAUAGGAACUAAGGAUGUUGCUGGAUCAGAGGGGCAGGAGUCCCAGGUAUGGAAUGGGUCACAGACUGGGUUAGGAGCUAGAAGAGGAAUUUCAGACAGACGGAAGUCUGGGGAAGGAAGGGCGUGGGGAUCAAGAUAUGGAACCGAGAGCACAAGGCUCCCAGGAGAACCUCAGAAAGGAGACCGGAGCAGGGAUUCUAUGGGCCAUGAGGGCAACAGGAAAGAUGGUUUGGACAGAAAUUCAACUUCCCAAAGGUCAAGAAACAGAAACAAGCAAGGCAUAGGCAAUUUCUUUGAGGAAACCCAAGGACCAUCAGGUCGCUUUUCCCAGGGGCUAGCUGACAUGGAAGCCAAGAAAGGGGAAGAAGUUGUGCUCUCUUGUACCCUGACCAGUGACCUGGUGCUUGGUGCCUGGUUCAAGGACGGAGUGAAGCUCACUGCCCAAGAUGGGGUCAUCUUUGAGCAAGAUGGCCCCAAUUACAAACUCCAAAUACCCCAAGUGCAGGAGGCCCAUGCUGGAAAAUACAUGUUUGUAGCUGGGGAUCACACGAGUGAGGCCACGCUGACUGUCCGAGAACCCCCAACCAUUGCCCAGGAUAUGCUGGAGAAACUGAAGGAGCCAUUGGUGGUCAAGGCAGGGAAGACUGUUGCAUUGAAAAUCCCGUUUUCUGGAGAGUCCCCUGUUCAAGCUUCUUGGAGGAAGGAUGGGGCAGAAGUGGAGGGAGGCAGCAGAGGAGCCCAGCUGGAACAGGGGGAUAACUUCACUCGCCUGUGCCUCUCCAGCGCCAGUCGCAAGGACAGUGGGCAAUACAGCGUGCGACUGAGGAAUGCAGGGGGCUCGGUGGAGGCUCAACUCACCCUGGAGGUCAUAGACAAGCCCCAGCACCCACAGGGCCCUCUGAAGGUCCAGUACUGUCGGGGGGCGGGCAUCAACCUGAGUUGGCAGCCUCCGAGGGACGAUGGGGGCCGAGCCGUGCUGACCUACACGGUGGAAAGGCAGCAGGCUGGUAGGACCACCUGGCUGAAGCUUGGUGAGACCCCUGGAAAUGUCACCACCUUCUCUGAUGCCCGAGUGGAGGAAGGAAAGAAGUAUAGCUUCCGAGUACGGGCGGUGACCUCAGAGGGUUCUGGAGAAGCACUUGUGUCAGAGGAGCUUCUGGUGGCUUCUGAAGCUCGUCCUAGACCCCCUCCAGCCCCAACUAUUACAUCUGCUACCAGCCAGGGUAUCACCCUGACAUGGACAGCACCUAAGGGCCCAGGAAGCGCUCACCUCCUCGGCUACUUGAUUGAGAAGAGGAAGAAAGGAAGCAAUACCUGGACAGCUGUCAAUGACCAGCCUGUUUCCGAGAGAAAAUGGACUGUGACCAACUUGCUGCAGGGUUGUCAAUACGAGUUCCGAGUGACUGCUGUGGGGGCCUCUGGCCCUGGGGAGCCUGGACCCCCAUCAGAUGCUGUUUUUGCUCGAGACCCCAUGAGACCCCCUGGCCCUGUUCGUGAUCUCCAGGUGACUGACACAUCCCAUACCAGCAUCACGUUGAGUUGGGCCAGUCCAGAUGCCCAGGGUGGGGAUGAAGUCCAGGGCUAUAUGGUGGAGCUGAGGAGCUCAGAUAGUCUCCAGUGGAGCCGCUGCCACCCAGGCACUGUGGGUGGCACCACCUAUACCAUCAAGGGACUCCGGCCACAGGAGGCCUAUUUCCUGAGGGUAACAGCUGUCAAUGAUGGGGGUCAGGGCCAGCCCACCACACUGGACACCUGCAUCCAGGCCAUGCCUGCAUCUAUUCCUCCCAAGUUCCUCAUGGAUACCACCACCACAGACCGUGUGACCGUCAGGUCUGGGGACAUGGUCCGAGUUCCUGUUUCCUUUGAGGCUUCGCCCAUGCCAGAGCUGAUUUGGCUAAAAGACGGGCUGCCCCUGUCCAAGAGGACAGUCACCACCAUCAAAGAUGGCCUCACUCAACUUCUAAUUCCGGUGGUCAGCCUCGCAGAUGGUGGUCUCUACACUGUGACGCUGAGGAACCUACAGGGGAAAGAGGUGACCUACAGCUUUGUCAUUCAAGUGUCAGCAUCUCCUGCUACCCCAGGGCCCAUCCGGCUGGAGGAGAAUGUCCCUGGGACAGUGACAGCAGUGUGGGAGCCACCUCCAGAUGAUGGUCAGGGUGGCUCUCUCUAUUACACUGUGCUAACACGCUCCUCGGCCCACGCUGCCUGGAGGGAGGCAGGGGACCGGAUCUACACCAAUCGCUUCACUCUUGCUGGCAUCCUCCCUGGCCAUCAGUAUUACUUCCGAGUUGUGGCUAAGAAUGAACUGGGGACCAGUGAGCCCUCUGACACCACAGAGCCCUGGAGUGUCCCCCGGCAACGAGAUAAGUUCAUGGUGAAGAUGCCCAACUUCAAGGAACCAAAUCUGAGCCAGAAGCCCUAUUUCCUGGUCAAUCUACGAACCCACCUGCUGCCCCAAGGCUGUGAAUGCUGCAUGAGUUGUGCUGUGAAGGGAGAGCCUAGACCUAGAGUCACCUGGUUCAAGGAUGAUGAGAGCCUAGAAGGCAAUCCCAAUGUAUAUAGUACAGAUGUCCUGGGCGUCUGCUCCUUGGUCAUCCCCAGUGUCACCCCCAAGGACAGCGGCAAGUACAAGGCUGUGGCUGAGAACAAGCUGGGCCAGGCAGUCAGCACAGCUACCCUCAUUGUUACCGAAUCCUGCUUCUAGUGUGACUGGCACCAUGAUGGCCCUGCACAUCCCUGCAAUGCAAAGAAUGGAUUCUCCCAAGGACCCAGUGCUCCCCAUCAUGCUGCCUCCUGCUGGCUCCCACAGGACCCCUGGGAUCUGUGGGGUGGGGAGCCCAUAGAAGGCACAGGCAGAGCAAUGGGGAGCUUCCUGGGGAAUCCUCAGUCCAGCAGGCCCAUCAGGAGGGGGCCAUAGAAGCUGUAUAGAUGAACACUCGUGGCACCAGCCCCUUCACCACAGUCCUAGAAGAGCCACUUGCCAUAGCCUCAGACUCUCGCUACCCUUUUGCUUCAUUCUUCAUCCUUUGGCGAAUGCUUUGUUUUCCCAACUGACUCACUCAGCCAGGAACAGCAAGGGUUGUGGUUGGUACAAAAGGAAAGUUAGGGCCAAUGGACAAGGAGGAUUUUUGUGUAUCUUAUCAUUAAAUUACUAGUAUGCA